UCAAAAUGAAUCAGCCUCAAAUAAUCCUGAUGCCAAAAGGACAUGUCUUGGGGUGGCCAAUUCCAGGUCCCCACACUGGUUUUCCAGAACACCACUGCUCCCAUCUGUUUCUGGCAAAGAAACUUGGCUUUGUCAAAGAAUACCUAAUUCCUUCAUAGAUAUUCAGUCUCCUCCACCAGCCCCGCCCCCUGUCAUACUUCAGCUCCCUCCCGGGUGGUGGGAAGUGGAAACUCUAUGGGCCGUGUUGUGCUGGAGGAGAGAGGACAGGAGAAGAAGAAAAGCAUGAGGAAAGCUUAUGAAAAAGGGAAUAGAAAGGAAAGCAAUGUAGGAAGGAAAGAGAAAGAAAAGAGAAGUAGGAAUCCAUGAGGGCAGAGGUUAGGAUAGAGAAAAUGUGGGGACCUGCCAAUACCCACCACACAAUGUCCUCACAGGCAGUUGGGCCAUUUCCCCACCUGGGACCUGAAGUUGGCCAGGUUGCCAUGAAGAUGAAGAAACCGCAACACAAACUACCCUGAAACACGGUGGGGGUGGGGACACAGAUAGCUGGGCUCAGGAGGGCUGGAUCAGUGGUCCUGGGGGCCAGGAUGCCUCAGAUUCUAACUGUUGAGGGGGUUGGGGGCCUGUAUCCUGGGUGUGAGGGAGGAGGGGGCUGGGGGCCUAGACCCCUGAUCUGAGGGAGGAGGGACAACCCAGAUUUCUCAGUCCCUGAUCUGAGGGAGGAGGGAGGACCCAGAUUUCUCAGCCUUUAAGCCAUUGAGAUUCAGAGGGUGUGCCCAGGCCUCCUUUAGCAAGGCCCUCCCCUCCCCACCCCUUUCCUGAACUGCCUGGGAUGGGGUGAGAUAUAAAAAGUGUCGGUUUCCUGAUAGAAAGAGCAGGAGCAAGAGAGUCCAGCUGCCCUGAUCAUGAACCCUGCCCUGCUGCUGGCCCUCCUGGGCAUCGCCCUCAUGCUGCCCCGAGUGCAGGCCCUGACCUGUCAGUCAGGGACAGGUGAGGCUGUGAUGAAUGUAUCGGGUAUGCCCCUCCACUGGACGGUGACGAAUCAGCAAGUCUGUGAGGAUGGCUGGGGUUGCCAAGACACACUGCUGCUCACUGAGAAUGGACCCCAUGUGAACCUGGUGGUCAGCAAGGGCUGCACCCCGGAGGCAGAUCACGAGGCCCGUGUCACCCAGCACAGGGCAGGCCCCGGCCUCUCCAUCGUCUCCUACACCCACGUGUGCCGCAACGAGGACUUAUGCAACAAUGUCCCCAACACCCUCCCUCUCUGGGACUCAUUGCCCCCAACAGUCCCGGGGUCCAUGCGGUGCCCAGUCUGCUUGUCCACAGAAGGCUGUGCAUCUGCAACAGAGCUGACCUGCCCUGCUGGGGACACACAUUGCUACAACGGGAUCCUCCUGAUCAGCGGAGGGGGCAUCGCCACCAAUCUGAGAGUGCAGGGGUGCACGUCUCAAGCAGGCUGCAACCUGCUUAAUAACACUCAAAAAAUUGGGGCCCUGACUGUGCGUGAGUCCUGCAACCCUGAAGACCCUGCUUCAUCCAACCAAGCUGUCCUGACCUGUCAACGGGGACUGAUGUUGAAGUUGCAGCGAAACUCGGCUCAGACACCCGUUGAAUGGACCGCGAUUGGGUCCCAGACGUGUGAGGCUGGAGAGAUGUGUCAGGAGACGCUUCUGCUGGUAGACAUAGGACACAGAUCACUCAUAGUGGGGAGCAAGGGCUGCAGCAAGAUCAGGACACAUGAAUCCCCGACUGUCACCGUCCACUCGGGGCCCCCCGGAAUGCUCGUCGCCUCCUACGCCCGGUUCUGCUCCUCCAGCGGGUGCAACAGGGCCGACAGCAGCAGUGUCCUGUUGGAUGCCAUCCCCCGUCCAGGUGUGGGAUCCCAGCAUGCUGGGUGGGACCAGGGACACUCAGAGAUGGGGGCCCAGAGACAAGGGGCUCCGGGUCACAAAGAAGGUGGCUGCAGGGAGGAGCAGAGCUGUGCACCCCAACCUUCUCUCUGCUCCCCAGCUCCCCCUGUCCCUGGAGAUCUGCAAUGUCCUGCCUGUGUUGAGUUGUUUGGAUCCUGCUCACAAAACUCUGAUAUUGUUACCUGCCCCAAGGGCACCAUUCGUUGUUACCGUGGUUCCAUAAAUCUCAAGGGAGGUGGGCUGUCCUCCUCAUUGAACCUGCAGGGCUGCAUGGCCCAACCUUCCAGAUAUCUGUUGAACCAUAUCCGCAAUAUUGGGGUCUUCUCCGUGAUGGAGAACUCUGGGUAUGAGAAUGAGGAUGGCCCUUUUCUCCAAGCUGGAGCUGCCCCUACCUCCUACACGGCUUUGGUGGUGGUGCUGGGGCUAUCCUUAGCCCUUUCGAGUGGGGUGCCCUCCCUGCUGACCCCAUUUCCCCUUGAUUCUUUGCCCCUCCUAACCCCCUAAACCCAACCCUCCCUCUGACCUCAUAACCCAACACUGGAUUAUUUUCCCAUCCUCUCCAUGAAUUAUCAUCCACACACACUUUGUGGCCUGAUGACACAUAUGGAAGGGCCUGGGAGCAGCUGGACUCGCCCUGUGGGAGAGUUGACAUUCAAGCAGUGGCCACAUGUGUCUGAUAAUAAAGACAUCGUCCUUUCCCCCA